UCGAUUUGACUAAAGUGAAAAAGAAGUUCACAAAGAAGAAGGAUCAAAUCAAAAAGGCUUGUUUGCUUCUCUUAUUGUUUGAUCCCUGCAGAAUUAUUUUUGGCAAGAAUAAGAUAACCAGCUUGGCGUUGAAACAAGGCGCAAAAGAUACACAUCAUCGCACGUUGCAAGAUUUAGCUGUUCAUCUGAAGGGGCAGUGUGCUCUUCUUCUGACUGACUUAGAAGUUCCGGAUUUGCGCAAGCAAUUCGAUGCUUUUCGUUCCUCUGAAUUUGCCAGACCUGGCGUCCUCGCUUCACAAUCUGUAACUAUAGUUGCUGGUCCGCUCCAGAAGUUUUCACACACGAUGGAGCCGUAUCUGCGUCAACUUGGACUGGAAGUGAAGCUUGUACGUGGGGUUAUUCACCUCGAAAAGGAUCAUAAAGUUUGCGAGCGGGAUGAAGUGCUUACACCUGAACAAUGCCGUAUUCUCAAGCAUUUUGACGUUCAAAUGUCUGAAUUUCGAGUCGCCAUAAUCGCCUCCUGGUCGGAAAAGGAAGGUUUAUCCGAAAUCGAAGACUCCGACAGCUACCAAAUGGUAACUUCUCUUGCGCCCACCAUCCGUGUGAAGUGCAAAAAGCUUGAUGACGAUCAGUAUUAUUUUGUAUCCGAACCCGUGGACAUUUCUGAAGAGGGGUAA